UGUGACACACUUCCGGGUUGGCCGAGCUGCUUAGUUCCCGUUUUUUGCAGGAACGUCUACAGAAAAAGUCUGCAGGGUGUCGUCGAAUUUCUCUUCUUUUCCCAGCAGAAAACAAACUGUCUGAAAGUGUACAGUGCUGCUGCUCUGUAUAUACACAGGACAUCGCAAAGCCUAUAUAAACAUGCCCACCAUGGAUCAUAAAGAAGAAGAACAGGAAGAGAUGAAAAGGAGGACGACACUAAAAAAGAAUUCAGCGCACAAGCCUCAUUAUUGCUCAAAGUGUGGGAUGAGCUUCAGUGUGAAAACACGGUUCACGCGACACAUGCGCAUUCACACCGGAGACCAGCCCUACCGCUGCCCGCACUGUGACAUGUGCUUCAGAUCGCAAGAGAAUCUCUCUGAACAUGCACGCAAACACAGCGACGACAGACCUUAUCACUGCCAUCAAUGCGGCAAGGGCUUUGUACGACCAGGAAGACUUGAAAUCCACAGGAGAAUCCACACUGGAGAAAAGCCACAUCACUGCGCUCAGUGUGAGAAGAGCUUCAAGAGCACGGAGGAGCUGCAGAGCCACGCACUCAUACACGCGGCAGAAAGGAAUCACCACUGCUCUCAGUGCGAGAAAGGCUUCAGAAGAAAGGGUCAGCUGGUCAGACACAUGCGGAUACACACCGGAGAGAAACCCUAUAGAUGCACACGGUGCGAGAAGCGCUACUCACGGGCAGAACACCUCAGGGAUCAUCAGAUCAGAGCUCACCAAAACGACACACAAAUCCACUGAGAGUGUCCAAAGACCAAUGUGCAGCAGAGAAACCACAUGCGUGAGCCACUGACCUUUCACAAAUCAGAAUAGUGAAGAUUGUGGCACACAAUAGGGCUUUUCACACUGCGCUUAACCCCGGGUCUUCUUCGUUCUUAAAGGGUUAGUUGACCCAAAAAUGAAAAUUAUGUUAUUUAUUACUCACCCUCAUGUCGUUCUACACCUGUAAGAACUUCAUUCUUCUUCAGAGCACGAAUUAAGAUAUUUUUGAUAAAAUCCGAUGGCUCAGUGAGGUCUCUCUUGCCAGCAAGAUAAUUAACACUGUGUUCUGAAGAAGAACGAAGGUCUUAUGAGUGUGGAACGACAUGAGGGAGAGUAAUUAAUGACAUGAUUUUCAUUUUUGGGUGAACUAAUCCUUUAACACUGCUAUGUAAACAGGUUGUGUGCUGUGUUUAUCCAAAAAUGACACUGACACUGCAAAUAUGCAAAUAAGAACGUUAACCCUGGGUUUAGGAAUGUGCAAUGGGAAAAGUAGCCAGGAUUAAUUGUAAACCCCGGGUAAAUUAUGAGCAGUGUGAAAUGUGAAACAAAAUAACCCAGGAUUUAGAUUAACCAGGGUUUAGAAUGACCCAGGGUUAACAAUUUCAAGUGUGAAAAGCCCUAGUGUAGGGUUAACUGCCUAUAACUGUACUGUGAAACCUUUUACAAAUCACAAUAGUAAAAUUUGGCAGUCAUGGAAGAGUUAACUGUUCUUAGAACAUAUUUUUGUAUGGGGAUGCAAACUGUUCACUAGCACACUCAUUUUUAUUUCCUAUAUUUCAACAGAUGUCAGAUUGGCAAAGCUUAAAUGAGUGCAUGGGUGAAGAGUGGUGGGAGUUGGCAUACAAGUUGUUUCUUGAAAGCGAUCCAAAAGGGAUGAUUCUGAAUCAUUCUGAAUUAUAUUUGAAGGGCGAUAAAUGGAACGAUUAUGGAUUCCGCUACGACACACUUGUUCCUCCUACUGGGACAUUCCGUGAUGUUUCUAAAAAGGCUAUUUUGGUGGUGAUCUCAAGAGCAAGGAGAAUGAAUUGGCAUGAUUGGAAGGAUCUAGAUCGGCCAAUUUCUAAAUCUGAAGUACAGGAUCUGGACGAAAAGGACAAGAAACUUAUAAACUGUGUUAUUAACCUGAUCUAUACACAGGAUGGCACCCCUAGACCAUUUAAUAGAUACUGCUGAACAUUAUUGAUCAAUAGUGUCUGGCUCUGAACUAAAUAUAAUUUGCUUUACUAUAUUAGUAUGUAUGGUUAUUCUGUUGCAUGUUCUAAUUAAUUAAUUAAUUAUUAAAAAUACAUUUACUGAAUGUAUGAGACAGUAUUAUGGCUUUAAUGUUGUUAAAUGUUUAUAUUAAUAAAAUCUUAUUUCUUAAGCAACA